AUGUCUCAAUACAACAUUUACGGAGGAACGGGUGGUGGUGGUGGUCAGGGUGGUCAACACGGUGGAUCAGGCGGGGCAGGAUACGGCGCAACUCUACACUUGGAUGCCGAACACAUCAGCGGGCAAUUUAACAACAUUGGACACGAUCUCGUGCAAAGGUUUUACUACGCAGCUGCUGGGGCGAAGAUCAUAUGGGAAGAAAUCGCAGGCGUCAGGGCUUCCUACAAUUCGGACGCCCAGUUUUCUCGAGGAGUUUGUCUUCCCGGUACGCGCGAAUCGCUUCUAGGCGAUAUUAAGAAGUGGAUCGCCUCUGACCGCGACUCGCCUCCGAUAUGCUGGGUAUCGGGGCCUGCAGGCGUCGGCAAGUCUGCUGUUGCUCUGACAAUUGCCAAGGAAUGCGCCAAAGAUGAAGACCUUGCCGCGUCUUUUUUCUUCCUCAAAUCAGACCCGAAGCGAAAUAAUCCAUCUUUCCUCGCACUAUCGCUCGCCUAUGGCCUUCUGACCCUGAUGCCACCACUGGACUCUCUCAUUGAUCGAAGAAUCUCGAAUAAUCCCAACAUUUUGGAGGGGUCUUUGGAGGAUCAGUUUCAAGAAUUGGUUGUCUCACCUGUGCUCGAAGGGAAGGAAAAGCGACAUAUCAUUCCCUGGGUGUCUCGCAAACAUCCAUGUGUCAUCGUCAUCGAUGGUCUUGACGAAUGUGGCGACAGUACCGUACAAGAGCGGCUUGUCAAAACUUUCGUUUCCGCCUACCAACGAUCUCGCGAUUUUCCUUUGCGACUCUUGAUAUUCAGUCGUCCUGAAUCUUGGAUUCAAAAUACCUUUAACCUCUCGGAGGUCAAGUCUUUGACGCGUUCCAUUAGCUUCAACGGCGAGUACCUUCCGGAUAAAGAUAUGGAGAAAUACUUCACCCAUGAAUUUACCGCUAUCCGGGCCAACCCUCGAUAUUCUCAAAUCAAGUUUCCUUCUACAUGGCCGGCCGAGGACGAUAUGAAAAAACUGAUCAUGAACGCCUCGGGGCAGUUCAGCUAUGCAACAACCGUCACCCACUUCGUGCAAACGGGAAACGCAGACCCUAUGGAGCAGCUAAAGCUAAUUCUAGCAAACUCAUCCACAGAUCCCUCUCGCGAGUCAUUUUUCGGUCAGAUUGACCAAGUUUACCGACAAAUCAUUGUCUCUGGCCUACCGGUGGAGCCUAGCGAGGCCGAGGCGGAAAGGGAUAAGCUGCUCUCUAUCUUCAGUGCUAUCCUCCUUCUGCCCAACCAUGCUCCAACCACCCCGGAAUUCAUCGAAUUGCUACUAGAACUACCUCCCGGAAAUGUGUCGCUGACAUUGUCAUCGAUGCAUUCGGUCUUCGCCGUUGGCACCAAAGCUAGCGAUCCUAUUCGAGUUCAGCAAAACUCGUUUGCAAGUUACCUCACCGACAAGUCUCGUUCGCACGAGUUCUACAUCGACAGCAUGGAACAACGAAAUAAUCUUGCGCUACGAUGGCUGAAGGUGCUUUCUCGCUUCUGCAGGCCCCCCGUUACAAGUUUCGAUUCAACUCAGGCAACUCUUCUCUCGAAAUGGGCACAGUUCUGUUGCACUGUGGACGAGCCAAACUUGAGGUUGCUUGAAGCGCUCGAGUCUAUCAACCUGCUUCAUCUACUCAAUGCUGUCAUUUCCAACCCUGGAUCUCAUAGCGUCUCAUUCUGGAGUGCGCAAGAAGCGCGGGGUCAUUGGCCUUUAAUCUUUCGUUCUUUCACGAUUGUUACCACGUGGUUGAAGCGAGAGGAGUUGGGCAUCAAACCCAGUAUCGCAGAGCGCUUCUCCAAUGUCAUACAGUCCUUCGACAUGCAACUUUCAAUGGACGAAAAGGAGCGACGACACCUUGAAAGUUGGGUCGCGUUGAAUUUGAGCGACUGUAGAUGGGAGUGCACAUACACAAAACAAGUCGAUGACUCAGUUUCCUGGCUGCUCAGUGGGUUGCAAGAGAACACACUGGACCUUUUCGCCUCCCAACCGAAGCCAAGCACAGAUGUGGAAAUGCACGCGACCUGCUCCGCAAUUGUUGAACGAUUAAAAGACGACCUCCAUACGCUUGCUGACCAAGCCCGAACUUCGCCGCGAUAUCGGAUUGGCAUGGUCGCAGAAACAUCUGAAAUGGAGGGAAUCGUGUCGAACUUGUUGGACUCGAAAUUACUGCAACGAUGUGGGGCAGAGGGCGAUAUGUCUACAACGUUUCACACCAUCUCUGAGGACGUCAAGUUACUGAUGGGGAAGAUGCAUAUUCGACCGUCGUACAACCCAACAGGCCGGCGAAAUAACCUAAUUUCAUGGUGCAAUUCCCUCCCCCGCAAGCAUGAACAUAGAAAGGCAUUCAUUCGAGCCGACAUUUUGUCGCUGGCCGAGACCGACCAGAACCUUUCAAACUUCAUCCAGCGAUUCUUGAUCUUCCUCUUCUUCAUGACGCUCAUGCUCAUCCUCUUUGUCGAUCGCUAUUUCGGGUUCAACUACAUUCCACAGCCAGACUCGACUUGCAGUGUUAGGGUUGACUCUGCUCUGACAAGGAUUUUCCUAAGGGCGUGCGACAUCGAUACGACAGGCAAAGGUCGCUUGCAGGCCUUCUUGUUGAGAUCGACAUGCACUAUAACACGUUCAAUUACUCACGUCUCGUGUACUUCGUACACGCUGCUGCGUCUUCUGUUCGAGUUUAUCGGCAAGGUUAUAGAGGAGAACAACAAAAAAUCACAGGCCAAAACUUGA